AUGGAUGAUAUCAUUAUUACUGGUAAUGAUCCUCCUCAGAUUUCACAUCUUAUCACUGUUCUCAGUCAUGCCUUUGACUUAAAAGACCUUGGUGCUCUUUCCUACUUCUUUGGAGUCCAAAUUGUUCCCACUCAGUUUGGUCUCACCUUAUGUCAAUCCAAGUAUGCCUCUGAUAUUCUCCACAGAUUUCACAUGGAGAAUGCUAAGCCAACUAAAACACCUUCUUGCUCUUCCACUAGACUUACUCCUUACACUAGUUCUUCCUUACCUAAUCCAUCUAAGUACAAGAGUCCUCUUACUCUAUCAGCAUUUUCAAACGUUGAUUGGGCUGGAGACCCCUCUGAUAGGAAGUCUACAACUGGAUUGUUGGUUUUUCUUGGUUCUAAUCCUGUUUUGUGGUCCUCCAAGAAGCAAUCUACUGUUUCUCAUUCUUCCACUAAGGCAGAAUAUUGUGCUUUGGCUUCCAUUACAGCUGAACUAUCCUGA